CAUCGCGAGAGGUGGGGGGGUUUCAGCGUCUGCAUCAAUAAACGCGUAUCAGAGCCCCCCAGGCUGGUACCCGCAGUAACGAGUAACCAUCAAUUGCAAUAAUUAGCCCAUUGCACAGGCAGUAGCGUGCGAAACAAGCCGGGAUGACGGAACUGAGGCGCCGUGGACCGGGGGAGGACGAUGUGUUGCAGCAGCAGGAGUCUGAGUCAGAGGUGCGGACGGAUGGAGAAGCCCCCUCGGACAGCGAGAUCAAGCCCGACCUGGGGGUGCCCCCUAGUGUCGACGACACCCCCGAGGUCCUCAACAAAGCCCUGUCAGGAAUGUCAUCACGGUGGAAGAACUGGUGGGUGCGCGGGAUCCUGACUCUUGCCAUGAUCUCCUUCUUCUUCAUCAUCAUCUACCUCGGUCCCAUGGUCUUAAUGAUGAUCGUCCUCUGUGUUCAGAUCAAGUGUUUCCACGAGAUCAUCAUGAUUGGUUACAGCGUCUAUCACUCCUACCACCUGCCCUGGUUCCGCACUCUCAGCUGGUACUUCCUACUCUGUGUGAAUUACUUUUUCUACGGUGAGACAGUGACGGAUUAUUUCUCCGCGCUGGUUCAGAGGGAGGAGCCGCUGAGAAUCCUCAGCAAGUACCAUCGCUUCAUCUCCUUCACUCUUUACCUGACAGGGUUCUGCAUGUUUGUCCUGAGCCUUGUGAAGAAGCAUUACCGGCUGCAGUUCUACAUGUUUGGCUGGACCCAUGUGACGUUGCUGAUUGUGGUGACUCAGUCCCACCUCAUCAUUCACAAUCUCUUUGAAGGAAUGAUCUGGUUCAUCGUUCCUAUCUCCUGUGUGAUCUGCAAUGACAUCAUGGCGUACAUGUUUGGCUUCUUCUUUGGACGGACCCCCCUAAUCAAGUUGUCUCCUAAGAAGACCUGGGAAGGGUUUAUCGGAGGGUUCUUUGCCACGGUUGUGUUUGGUCUCCUGCUCUCCUAUGUGAUGGCUGGGUGGCGCUACUUCGUUUGCCCGGUCGAGUUCAACAACGACUCGAACCGCUUCGAGGUGGACUGCGAGCCCUCGGACCUCUUCCAGCUGCAGGACUACACCCUGCCCUCCGUGCUGCAGUCUCUCAUUGGCUGGGAGACCGUGCGCAUCUAUCCCUUCCAGAUCCACAGUGUGGCGCUGUCCGCCUUCGCCUCGCUCAUAGGGCCCUUUGGGGGAUUCUUUGCCAGCGGCUUCAAGAGAGCCUUCAAGAUCAAAGAUUUUGCUAACACUAUCCCCGGUCACGGAGGGAUCAUGGACCGAUUCGACUGCCAGUAUCUCAUGGCCACGUUUGUCAACGUCUACAUCGGCAGCUUCAUCAGGGGUCCUAAUCCCAGUCGGGUGAUGCAGCAGCUCCUCGCUCUGCGGCUGGACCAGCAGCUCCACAUCUUCAACACGCUCAGAGCACACCUCAUCGACAAGGGGCUGCUCUCCGCCAACCAGGAGGCGACUGCAGCGUAGGGGUGGGGGGUGGGGUGGGGGGGGGUGAUUAUUUUGUUUCAGUGGCUGUUUUGAAUUCUGCAGUACAAUGUUGUCUGUUCAUCUGUAUUGAGUUCACGAUGGGCCAGGCUCUUAUACAGAAGGUGUGUGUUGAUAACAGGCGCUGUAUUUUUCAUGGCAAUUUUUUUUUUUGGGUGGUUUUUAAAUGCCACUGUAUAACACCUGGGUUUGAGAUUAGGCUGCUGUUGGUAUAGCUGUCUUGAGCCAGUCCAGGUUUUACUCCUGACCUCUGGUUAGGAUUUUAGCUGAAGUGCCACCAAGUCUACAGGGAAACCUGGAAUGGAUUCUGCAGCUAUGAAUUGGGGGUCUUAUUGCCCUUGUGGUGCGGGAUGGGAAAUAAGACCCCUGUUGCACAGCACUUUGAUCCAUACCUGGUUUUACUAUUGGUUUAAUGAGACACACCUGAGCUUGUUACCUAGACACACUGGGGCUUAUCAAGCUGGUGGUAAAACCUUGAAUAGGUGAAACCACUCUGCAACAGGAGUCUUGUUCCCACCCCUGAUCUAGGUUAACACUGUAAUUACACACACACUUACGAAAAACAUUAUUUUUUUUUUUUUAGCAAAUGCUUAGCGUUUUGUUUUGCUUGCUGUAGACGUCGGGACAAGCCACGGCUGUUUUUUUCUAUUUUUUUAAAAUUUUUUAAUAUUUGUUUAUUUAUUCAUUUUUUUUAAGAGCAUUUUACAGCACUGUUGGGACCAAGCUUAAGACAGCUCCUAAACAAAUAGCAAGUUGAUUUUUUUUUUUUCAAUGUCUUUAUUUAAGCGGAUAAAAAGGAGUCGUCGUUUGCCAGGUUUCACUACAAAGACUCUGCUGCUGAAGCCCUGUAAGCUAACACACGGCAGCCCAGCUCCUUGGAUAAUGAGCUGUUCUAGCAGGAAACUUGCUGUAAAGGGCUGUGCAGCUGGACUGGUGUGCUGAUCCCAAGAUAAUUUAGCUACGGCAUUCUGUGUAGGUGUGUUAUAUAAGCCCCUCCUAAUGAGUUGUGUUUUGUCGUUUUUUUUUUUUUUUUAAGUAUAUUAUCCCUGAAUUCCGAAUAUCUGUUACAGGCAUGGAAAGACGACCCUCCCUAAAUUAUAUUUUAAUCGAACUUCAAUUCAUAUUUUUUAUAAUUGUAAUAUUAUCAUGCAAUUGUUACAAAUAUAAGAUCGUCACCUGAUGUUAAUAUAUCUAAAGCGUGACCCAGAUUGCAAGGAUAUUGCUGCUCUAGAAAGAGUGCAAAGAAGAGCGACCUGAAUUAUUCCGCGUUUAAAAGGCAUGUCAUA